CAUUGUACAUUGAAUAAGAAGUAUAGUUAUAAGUUCGCGAUUUAUUUUUAAUUUUCUUUUCGCAAUUGAUCUUUUCAAUUAUGCCUGGUAAUAGUUUUAAUGGAGUCAAUGGCAGCAGAUGUAAAAUGGCGACCGUCGACCAGCUGUUCCAGCCAAUCCAGCAACGGACCGAUGACACCGGGAGCAAGGUCACGGUUGUCGGUGUUGGUCAGGUGGGCAUGGCCGCCGUCUUCUCUAUGCUCACUCAGGGUGUUACCAACAAUAUCGCAUUGGUUGACGUCAUGGCAGACAAAUUGAAAGGGGAGAUGAUGGACUUGCAGCACGGGUCUGCUUUUAUGAGAAAUGCUAAGAUUCAAGCGAGUACAGAUUAUUCUAUAUCGGCGGGCUCAAAGAUUUGUGUAGUGACGGCAGGGGUACGACAGAGAGAGGGAGAGUCGAGACUCAACUUGGUGCAGCGUAACACAGAUGUAUUGAAAAUCAUUAUCCCGCAGUUAGUGAAAUACAGCCCCGACGCGAUAUUCAUUAUCGCCAGUAACCCAGUGGAUAUCCUCACCUACGUAACGUGGAAGAUCAGCGGUCUUCCAAAGCAUCGUAUCAUCGGUUCUGGGACCAAUCUGGACUCCGCGCGGUUCAGAUACUUGCUCUCGGAGAAACUCGGCGUCGCGACCACAUCGUGCCAUGGCUACAUCAUUGGAGAGCAUGGUGACAGUAGCGUGCCGGUGUGGUCUGGUGUUAACAUUGCUGGUGUACGUCUCAAUGACCUAAACCCAAAGAUUGGAACGGACUCCGAUCCUGAGAAUUGGAAGGAGACCCAUGAUAUGGUGGUGAAAAGUGCUUAUGAAGUCAUAAAAUUGAAGGGCUACACCUCCUGGGCUAUAGGUCUAUCGUUGGCUCAAUUGGCGCGCGCAGUUCUCUCUAAUGCAAACAGCAUCCACGCAGUAUCUACUUAUAUCAAGGGUGAACAUGGCAUUAAGCAGGAGGUUUUCCUGUCUCUACCGUGCGUGUUAGGACAAAAUGGCGUCUACGACGUCAUUCGUCAGCCUCUCACGGAGACAGAAUCUGCGCAACUGAGAAAAUCAGCCGAAUUAAUGGACAAAGUACAGGAAGGAAUCCAGUUUUAAGUAAAUUUAUAAUAAUUGAAAAUACUAUGAUAAAUCAUACAUGCAAUCAUCAUAUAUUGCGUUUUAAUCGUGUAUUUUCAAUAGAAUUUAUUGUUACUGCUCUUAUUUCUCACAAAAUAAUAUAUAAGCAUACAUACACAGGUAUAUCAUUUAUCUUUUUUAUUUGCAUCAUUCUAAAUUGAUGUUUGAUCUCUGUGUCCUAUUCUGAUAAUUUUUAAUGAUUUUAACAAAUAUAUUUAUUAUAAAAGGAUAUAACUACAUACAUUUAUAUCUGAAGUAAUUUGGAAAUUUAUUGUAAACUGUCACAAGGACAAGAUACCUACUUAUGUGGAAUAAUAACAUUUAAAUUUUUAUAGUUUUUAAUGUGUGUUGUAUUAGUUUAGGAAACCUGUUGUUUUAAAAUAUUUACGGUACGUUAAGAGGAACUGUUCUAAAUAUGCAUUUAAAACGCUUUUAGUAUUAUAUAAAUAACGUGAAACGUAUAAUAAAGCUUAAAUAUAAAGCAUUUUAGCUAUUUAUGUACUGGGUCUCGAACUUCGCGAUUAAUUGUUCGUUUGAAAGAUUUUUACAAUGUAGGUACAUAAAUAUCUAAAUAGUUUUCAUUGAGAUUUUUAUGAGUAAUCAAUCUAUUAUUUUAUAAGAAAUAUAUGUUAUUAAGAUUUGGCAAAAUGUAAGUGACCUUAAUGAAUCACUAAUUUUAUAAAGAUUUUUAUAAACUAUUAUUAAUUAGAACAAGAUUAAAAAAACGUGAUAAUUGUGUAAUUUGUGACUUUUAUACUUUAUAUUUCCUAAAGAUUUAUGAUUAAUUUUUGUGAUAAGACGUUUUUAUAGUAAUUGUCCAGUGUGUCUAUGCCUUAAUAAAUUAAUAAGCACAAAAAAUAUACAUAUGUG